CUUGGAUACUAAAAAAAAGUAAAAAUUGAGCGAUCCUUCAAAUCAAGAAUCAAGUUUGUAUUUAUUGUUAUUUAUAUACGUAUAAUUUAUCACAUUAACGAUUAAGAUAGCGCAUUCCAAUUUCCACCUCAACCCUGUGUCCCAAUAUUUAUAAAAAUCCGAAAUAAGAAAACGCCGAUAGUUGAAAUAAAAUCGAGAUCAGCUGGCUCCUGACGUGUAUCGAAGACAAACAAACCUACUAGUGAUAUGCUGUUUUAAAGAUGAACGGCACGUUUUACGAGCAGUUAGGGGGUGUUACUGGGGUUUUCGACCAGUGGGGCACGUGUGAGCGCACAGUGGUAGCCUGCACCCUAGCACGGCGGGUGCCUUGGCCGGGACUGCGGUUGGUUCAGAGAGCAGUAGAGGCUGCCUUACAGAAUCAUGUGGAAGACGAGCGUGUCGAAAGGGAUGCUAAUGACGAAGCAGUUAUAGCUAGCUUAUUGGCGGCAAGAGCUGAUGAUGAUGACGAGGAAGAAAGUGAGCGCCUUAGAAGGGUGUUGACAUUGCUGCCAUUAUUGCAUACGGACAAUGAGCGAGCCAAAAAUGUGUAUGUGAGCGCGGCACCUGCAGUGGUGCAGAGAUGCGUGGAUACACCACGCCCCACAGCUGCGCCCGAACUGUGUCGCCAGCUGCUCUCAUAUCUACUCAUCCACCCAGCACUGACACACCAUGACCAAAGAACAUUGACACAAUGGCUCCGCUAUUUAGAAAAUAAUAUGUCAAGCAACAGAAACCCAGAAUCGGUUUGGCCACAGAGAAUAGACCAAUGUAUCCUACCAGAAACUAACAUUUGGAGAUCGAAUAGCACCUUCAGACGGACCAUCGGCAAGAAUGUCGAGUUCAGAGGCAUUCUAGACUCGAUAGACCCACCUUACACUGAUUUGUUACAAGAGUCUUUCUCAAAAAAUGGAAGAGACGUAGACAUUAGCGUAGACGGAGAUAUUUUAAACUUUGACGCAACUAUCGGUCUAUCGAAGAACCAAAGAUCGAACAGCUUGACGCCGCCUUCAACGAACUUCUUGCAGAUGUCAUCGUCAGCCGAGAAUUUAAGCGAUGAGCCUUUCGUUCAGAAACCUAGAAGCUUCUCGUUAUCUAGCGAACAUAGUCUUAGUCAAUUGCGUCCGAUUAGUGUGAUGUACGGAACGACGGGAAGUGAGACCCGGCUUGAUGACCUGCGCCUGAACAAUUACACUGACCACCCUGGCAUGUCCUCUGUGGCUCAGUGGCUCAAGAGUCUGCGUCUCCACAAGUACGUGUGGCUAUUCACCAACAUUAGCUAUGAACAAAUGAUGGCCAUAGAUGAAAAGUAUUUGGAGAAGCUUGGUGUUACAAAGGGCGCCCGACACAAGAUCCUACUCUCUAUUAAAAAGCUGCAUGAGCGCUCUUCUACCUUGGACGGGGUGAAGGCCGAGUUGACUUCAGGCACUGGGACGGUCCGCAGAGCCCUCGAGAAGAUUCGGAGUGUUCUCCUGUCCCCAAUGCCUCCUUCGUCAGACCUACCUACUUCAUUGGUAGCUGCACUCGAUUUAGCUUCGAAGUGUAUGUCGGGGCGAGCACAGAAUAGCUGUAGUAGCAUUGAGGGUGAAGAUAUGGACCCCAUGUCACUGCACUGCUGGCUCAUUGAGAAGGCCCUGCAUCACGAGUCAUUCCGGUCCAGCGCGUUGCAGGAGUCUCUUCGCCGUCUGCGACACCGCCUACCGCCCGGACAGUUCUUCCGUCAUGUGAGCGACAUGCCCCCCCACAGAAUCAAACCCAGGUGGCGUGGGCCUACGAGCGUGCGUGGCCGUCGGUGGGCUCCGCCUCCGCCGCGCGGCAAGUCCAACUCGUAUCCCCCCUUCCCUCCGCUACCUCCUACGUUGCGACCCCCGCCGCAUGACUACUCGGGCCUGGACGCGCUCUGCCUGCAGAUGACCGAGCAGGCAAUCAACUGAGGACCACUGUGAUAAUAACCCGCCCAGAUAAGCACUUAAAGUCUCGAGGGUAAUCUUCUCUCACGUAAUGACAACGAACUUGACGCGGAUAUGGAGUCCUAUUUCCGGAAAUAUGGCUUGAUUUUAUCAACAACGAUAACUGAAUAGCCGCGGGUAUAUAGAUAUUUGCUCGCUUAAAUUAAUAGAAAAAUUUAUUCUUUAAAGUCAUCACUCACUAUGACUUGGUUGGAUAUUAUUUAUUCAAAACUAACAGAUAAUUAAUAUAAUGUGAAAAAACCUAAUACAUUUUCAUUCCUACUUACAGAGUAGAUGGAACUAUUAUUUUAGUUAGUAAAUAGUGACAAGCGACAGCGGCAGGUGGACAUUUCCCCGCUCUAAGAUAUAACCUGUACAUAAUAUUAUUAUGAGAUGUACAUUAAAUUUGUGUACAUAUUCAUAUAUAGUGAUAUAUAGUAAUGGGGCGGGUAUAAGUUAUUUUGCUUGCUUCUUGUUGACAGUACUACAGGGCAUAUUGUAACAUAGUCACCGACAGCUUUAAAUUGUAAAUCAAUUAAAUCGUGUGUAUUUAAAUAGAAAAUUUAUGUUUGUGUUUUAAACACUUAAUUAAGUAAAAUAAUGUUUACAAUAAUUUUCUUUGUAUAUUGGAAAAUAGCUAUUUAUAAUAAUUUAUUUAUUAUUUAUAAAGUAACUGUUAGUGAUGAGAACCGCAGACAUCGAGAUUCUCCGCCUUUCAUAUUAUAUUAUAAUGGUGGUGUUCUACAUUUAAAAAGAUAAUGCUUCGAUGUGACUCAUUCAAACGAUGUUAGUGAACUGCAAUGUGCUGAAUUUGUUUGGUGCUAACAAGCAUGAUUGCUUCGGUUAGUUUAUAACUGAUAGCUAGAGAUGGACUUGAGCACUGCUCCACUACGCAGAGCUCAUCUGAACUCAACGGCCUACUGGCUGCACCAGAUGGUGUGGACGGAGCAUACUAUUGUGUGUAUCUGAAUGAAGUGUGCGAGGAGCCUACGUUUAGUUGGCUGCAUCUAGAUUGUAUUAUUGAAAUUACUUCGAGCUGUGUGCUAGACCUACCCUCUUUUGCCUCACAUUCUAUGAAGAACACUUACCUCUUUUAAAGAAAACUCUAUAAAGGAUUAAAACGCGUGUAAUUGUAACUGUGUUUUAUACAUUAGACUAGCGGACCGGACAGACAAUAUCCUGUACACACGGCAUAAAUUUGUUCAAAAAAAAUCAAGUUCACUGAUAUACGCGUGGGCAUACAUAUAUGGACUAAAUUCAGUAUGUAAACCAUCCUCAAAUUAUCUGGAACAUACAGGAAAAAUCAUCAAAAUCGGCCCGGCAGUUAAGGAGGUAUUUGUGAAUCUGAACCAUUCUUAAAUCCACCUGAAGAUAUCAUUAAAAUCACAGAAAAUUUCAUUAAAAUCAGUCCAACCGUCUAGGAGGAGUUCAGUGACAAACACAUGCACAUAAGAAAUAUAUAUAUAUAUAAAGAUUUUGCGCAAAAGUUACAAUUUUAUUAUUAUUUUACUUAGCCAAUGUUUCAAGACCUUUCCUGAUCUCAUUUUCAGGGGGAACUGCGGAUGAAAUGACACUAUUACGCAAAAUCUAAUGUAAAAACACAGUUACCUACAAAAUACAAUUACACGCGUUUUAAUCCAUUAAAAGUGUUUUAUUUAAAUGUACAAAUGAUUUGAGUUUUCUUUAGUGUUAAUUGCGCCAAUAUUUGUCUUUAAACAAUUCGACACGUGUUUCGCCUCUACACGAGGCAUCCUCAGGACGUGUUGUCUCGUGCCAGAUUGUUUAAAGACAAAUAUUGGCGGAAUUAACACUAAAGUUCACGGAAUUAACAUCAAAUCAUAUGUAUAAUUAUGGAUUUCCGCAAAGUACUUCAAUAAAUUUUAUUUAAAUGUGUUUAAAACUCGCGUUAAUUAAAGUAAAUACUACACUUAUCUCUAUCGUUCUAUGGUUCAUUCUAUAUUAUUUCCGUGUUUCUUUUUAGGUCAAUUGAAAAGCCGAGGUAAUUUCAAAGCGCGGCGUGUCUGAAUUUGUUUUUUUUUAAUAAUAGUAAAUUGUUGACUGUUUGCCGAGCUGCAUAGUUAGUUUACAUAUACAUGUUAGUGAGGAUCAUUAUGAAGGUUGUUUCAUAUUAAUUCAUCGCUAUUUUGAUAUUUUGACUGGAUCAAAUGUAUUUUGAUUGAGAUGUGUGCAAUUUAUUGAAUACUUAAUUAAAUUUUAUGAAUAAUGUUGUACUCUUUAUUGUUUCUACAAUUAUUUUGUUGAUGACAAUACAGAUAAUUAUGUAAUGUAAUGAAAUAUCUACAUUCAA